AAAGCCUGCCUGGCCCCGCCAGCAAUUCUAAGGGGAGCAAACCAACCUACAGCCUCCAGCGUGGCAAGAGGCUGGCAAUGGGUACCUGUGGGACAGGCCUUCAGGAUAAUACGGCCACCCCCUGGGAAGAGACAAGGCGGGCGACCUAGAGAAACGUGAACGCAGCAGAGGAAGCCACCUCCCUCCACCACCCACUUGGAAGCCCAGACACAGCGGCAGGAGACCAAAACGCGUGGCGAAUGCCGGCGGACGCUUUGGGGGCGAGGGAGGAUUUAAAAAAAAGAAAAAGACCCCUAACCUGACCCCCUCCUCAGGCUGGCUGCACAGCAUCUGCCGGCUUGCGCUCAGUCGAUUUAAAUACCGCUGGUAGGAAACGAAGGAGUUGCUGUGUGGGGCAGGGAAGGCUCCGAGCAGGAGCCAGAGAACCGGGACCAUGCCGCCCCCCAAAGACGUGGUGAAAAUUGCCAUUCAGAUGAUGGGAGCCAUCCCGCAGCUCAUUGAACUCAACCAGGCCAAGCCCCUGGCUGCAGUUGUGAAGGAGGUUUGUGACGUGUGGAACCUGGGCAAUGCCGAGCACUACGCCCUGCAGUACGUGGAUGGGCAGCAGACAUACAUCACCGAGUCGAACCGUGCGGAGAUUAAGAAUGGGAGCAUUCUGCGGCUGACCACUUCUCCGGAUUGGGAGGCAGAGCAGCUACACAGCGGGAUCCAGAAUAACAACUUGAAUGUGAAGGCAGACUCCCUGAAGAAGCUGGCGAACCUCUCCCGAGACAUCACCUUUGCCCAGGAGUUCAUCAACAGGAACGGCCUGAAACAGCUCUUCCUUAUUGUGGAAGAGGGGAACGAGACAGGGGAGAUUCUAGCUCACACCCUGAAGGCCUUCAUGGAGCUGAUGGAGCACGAUUUCGUCUCCUGGGAGACGCUGAGCAAGCCCUUCAUCAGAAAUGUCAUGAGGUGCGUCAACACGAGUGGGGUGGACGCCUCUGUCCAGCAGCUCUCCCUGUCCGUCCUGGAGAACAUAGUCCUGAGCAGCUGCCCCCUCUUUGAGCUGGUCAAACGUGAAGUGACCCUGGAUCGCCUUCUCACCCUCCUGCAGGUGACCAACCAGCAGCUGCAGCUAAAAGCCAUGGCGCUGCUCAUCGCCCUGCUGCUGAAUGCCAAUGACGCAGAGAGGAGGGACAUGAUGGGCUAUCUGGGCCAGAGGAACAUCCGGCAGUUCAUUCAUAAGAACAUUGUCCACGCCUCAGAGCCGAUGGGGGAUGAGAUGGCCCAUUAUCUCUACGUGCUGCAGUCCAUCACCCUCAACCUGCUGGAGCGAAGGAUGCGGACUCCCAUGGACCCUUACUCGCAGGAACAACGGGAGCUUCUCCAGUCCCUGCGUCACAGCGCCUUCGAGUCGGAGAACGAGCCUUCUGCUGGCACCUUCAGCGCGGAGCGCCGGCACUCUAUGUGCGUCAAGGAGUUCCGCAAGCUGGGCUUCCAGAACUACAGUAACCCUGCCCAGGACCUGCACCACGCGCCCCCGGGACUGCUGGCCCUGGACAAUAUGGUCUACUUCUCCAGAUACUGCCCGAGCGCCUAUAGCAGAUUUGUCCUUGAGAACAGCAGCCGUGAUGAUAAACACGAGUGCCCGUUUGCCCGGAGCAGCAUCCAGCUGACCCUGGCCCUCUGCGAGAUCCUACAUGUCGGGGAACCAUGCUCGGAGACGGCCCAGGCCUUCUACCUCAUGUUCUUCGGUCAGGACCACUUCUUCCAGGAGCUCUUCUGUAUCUGCAUCCAGCUGCAGAACAAGACCUGGAAGGAGAUGCGCGCCACGCAGGAGGACUUCGACAAGGUGCUGCAGGUGGUCCGGGAGCAGAUCACCCGGACCCUGUCCCUCAAACCUACCUCCCUGGAGCUGUUCAAGACCAGAGUGAAUGCGCUUAGCUACAGCGAGAUCCUGAGACUGCGGCAGAUGGAGAGGAUGCACCAGGAGGAGACACUGGCCGUGCCUGUGCUGGAACUGCGAGAGAGGCUCAAGCCCAAGCUCCUGGAGCUGAUCCGCCAGCAGCGGCUCCUGCGCCUUUGUGAGGGGACCCUCUUCCGCAAGAUCAGCAGCCGCCGCAGACAGGAUAAGCUCUGGUUCUGCCGCCUGUCCCCCAACCACAAGGUGCUGCACUACGGAGAUGUGGAGCAGGGGGUGCAGAACCCCCCCAUCGAGAGCUUGCCGGAGAAGAUUCCCGUGGCCGACAUCAAGGAGCUGCUGGUUAGCAGGGAGUGCCCGCACAUGAAGGAGAAGGGCUCCGGGAAGCAUAACAAGGAUGUCCUGGACCUGGCCUUCUCCAUUAGCUACGACGUGGAGGAGUACUACCUGAACUUCAUCGCUCCCACGCGCUACGAGUUCUGCCUGUGGAUGGACGGCCUGAAUGUGCUGCUGGGCCGGGAGAUGACAAGCGAGCGAACCCAGAGCGAGCUCGACAUCCUGCUCUCCAUGGAGCUCAAGCUGCGCCUCCUGGACCUGGAGAACAUUUCCAUCCCCGACACCCCUCCCCCCAUCCCCAAGCCCCCCAGCAAUUUAAACUUCUGCUAUGACUUCAGCCCCAUGGAGCAGUGAGGGCAGCCGCCCCGGCCAUGGCUCUCGCGCCCCUGAGCCAGCCCCAGCUCCCAGCCCUGCUAGCGGCUACUCUGGGCCAGGGCCUGCGCUGUAAGGGGGAGGAAGGGAGAACCCGGCUCCGCACUGUGGCAUGGGCUCAGGCACCUGCUGCAGCCCCUCCCGCUGGGCAGGGAGCGAGUGGGGGAAGAGCUGGUGGGCAAGGAGAUGCGCUCCUCCCUGGGCCAUGAUCUCCUUUCCCCCUUGUCCUGGUUCUGCCCAGGGGGAGCCACGGAGCCCGGGCCCCUAGUGACUGGCUCCGCUCCCCAGGCUGAGCCUGCCCCUUCCCCCUAGGGCAGCCU